AUGAAGAAAAAACAUAACAUAGUGAAACCGCCAUAUUCAUAUAUCGCUUUAAUAACCAUGUCAAUUUUACAAUCGCCAAGGAAAAGAUUAACUUUAUCAGGUAUUUGUGAAUUUAUUAUGACCAGAUUUCCAUAUUACCGUGAAAAAUUUCCAGCAUGGCAGAAUAGUAUACGUCACAAUCUGUCUCUAAAUGACUGUUUUAUCAAAAUUCCACGAGAACCAGGAAAUCCUGGAAAAGGUAAUUAUUGGAGUUUGGACCCCCGCAGUGAAGAUAUGUUUGAUAAUGGUAGUUUUUUAAGAAGACGUAAGAGAUAUAAGCGA